AUGACCCAACCACCGCCAGCUAAUGUGGCGUCUGCAACGCCUUCGUUGACGCUGAAUGCGACAGUAAUGAGCCGCUUCAAACCUGCAAAGGUAUUCAAGAAUGCAGUCGACGUUCCUCCCCCAGAUCCAAAUAACAGAAAACCAGCGUCUCCGGUCCAAAUCACUGGCUUGUCUUUUGACGACAGAGGAGAAACGUUGGUCACGGCAGGAGGAGACGAAACCUUUCGUCUAUACAACAUCAAGAGUGGGAAAUACGUCAAGACCUUCUUUUCGAAGAAAUAUGGCGUAGACCUCCCUCGGUUUACACAUCGGAACACUACGAUUAUCUAUGCAUCUACAAAGGAGGAUGAUACGAUUCGUUAUCACUCGUUGCAUGAUAACAAGUACCUUCAAUACUUCCGAGGGCAUAAGAAGAGAGUCAUCUCUCUCGAAGUCUCUCCAACAGAUGACGGCUUCAUCUCUUCCUCUUUGGACAAUACUGUUCGGUUAUGGGACUUGCGCACUCCGUCCACCAGGGCAAGUAUCGGCCUCCUAAAUCUUCCAUACUCCGGGGUGGCUGCCUAUGAUACCUCUGGUGUCGUCUUCGCCGUCGCUUUGAACCAUUAUUCCAAAAUUCUCCUCUACGACACAGCAAACUUUGACAAGGAGCCAUUUCAAACAAUAUCGGUCGAGGAUACGGCGUUGAGCAAGAUUAGCUUUCCCCCACGGCCGCUCGUCAUGACCUCCCUCGAAUUUUCGACAAAUGGGAAAUGGCUGCUUGUCGGCACAUCCGGCGGCGCGCACUAUAUCAUGGACGCAUACGAGGGCCACAUGCUCGCGCGUCUCACAGGUCACCGACCGCUAGAUCCAAGACAGCCUCUGGGUGCACAAGCAACACGUCUAAUGAGUGGAGAGGAAGUCUGCUGGACGCCCGAUUCCAAAUUUGUCUUGAGCGGAUCCGAAGACGGCAAAAUUUACAUUUGGGAUAUUGGUGCUCGCGGGGAACUCCAGCCGCCCAAACCAGGAAGAGAUGCGGAUGCAUUUCAGCCUAGCCAAGUCUUGGAAGGACACGUCGGUCCAACGCGAUGCCUGAGAUUUAACCCUCGCUUCUCGAUGCUCGCGACCGCGAGCAAUGAUCUAGCAUUUUGGCUGACCGAUAAUGCGAGUGCAGAUGUAGAUGGAAAAGAUACGGAUAAGGAUGGGGAUAGCUUCAUGGCUAGCCACUGA